AUGAUUUUCCCACCCUUUGUUUCGAGCCUUGAAGAUGUCUACAGUGUCGAUACGGCAAGCGGAAAUCCAAGUUCUAGUGAUGCUCCUGGAAUAUCAGAGCAAGUCAUGGCCGCAGGAUUCCCACAGACUAUGCAUCUCACAUGGACACAAUCCACCUCCACAAUGGCCUUAUUCUUAUCCGAUGAGAGCUCGCAGACUCUCUACGCAGCUCUUAUGCCUCGUGGGUGGCAGGGGCCGACAUAUCUUUUCCCUGGCUCUACUUUCAUCGGAGAUGCAAUAUGCUCUUCGAACGGAUCCGGAAAUGAUUUUGUGUUUCAGCUUCCCGGUGUUCCUAGCUAUCAAAUUCCAUCUGAUGAGAUAACUAUGAGUUAUCACCGCUCACGAUCAAACCCCCGUUUUUCUUUCUCUAUGAAAGUGGAAAGUGAGGAAGGUCGAAAGACCGAGGCUUUUGAAUGGCGUGUCUCAGGAGGAGCACAAAAUAGUGCUUAUAGCAUGGUAUGGGAACUUGUUUCGUUAGGACGCACGAACAAAUCUAGCUCCCAUCGACCAAGAAGCAGUGAUGUUGUCGCAAUGGUCCAUGAGGAGAGUAUGCCCGGAAUGUCAUCGUCUAUGCAGAUAGUUGGGGGGUUUCAGUUUCUUGGGAGGUCGAUGACGACUUAUAUGGGAUAUCACUGGACUGUUGUGGCAGUCAUGAGUGGUAUAUCUGUCUUAAAGCAUGCAAGUCGGGAGUAG